ACAAACAAGUAUUUUGAGGUCAAUAUUAAGGUAGCCUUCCAAUAACACGGAAGAGUAAAGCUUUAAAAGCUGCUUUUGGAAGCUUUAAAUCCACCUUUCGUUUAAAGCUUAGCCGUCAGUUGAUAUUCCUUCAGUCAGCGUUUGUUUAGUGUACAUAUAUAAUGUCGCUUCUUUUUGUGUAGAUAUAAUAAAUAAUAAUAUAAACGAGAAGUUUUUGGAUAAACGGCAACAUAUUUCGGAUGGCAAUUUGGAGCAGCUGAUAAAAUUUCUAAAGCUUAAACCCAUACCUCUGCUAUUCCUUUUUGCCCUGACAUCGGCGCACGUCACGGACUACUCGCAUUCCUAUCAUUGAUGGACGUAUGGGAAGAAUUCGCAUUGUUGAGACACUCAGCGAAUCUCUCAGAGUAUAGGCGCGUGGUGGAGGAAACUGGUGGCAUGAUUAACAUGUUUCCCCAGUCACACAUACAAAAGCUUUUGAUCGUAGAUGUCGUUCACCUGCGUGACCUGCUCGAAUCACUGAGCAUCCACCAUAGGGUAGCCAGGAGUUUAGACUUUUUGGGAGCGGCGUAGUAGUGGCGGGAACAAAUAUUAAAAUAUUAAAUUUACUGAAUUUCAACUUACCAAUGUAAACAAUAGACAGACAAAUAUUAACAACAAAGUACAGGAACAAAUUAAAUAGUAUUUCCACCACUGUCAACCAAAUUCUGAGGUCGGCUAAAGAAUACCAAGUUGACUCGGGACGAGAUGUUAUUAUCUCGGAAUAGGAUGAUUGCGAUGGAGCUGCAAAAUUUAUUGCUAGCAAUAACUCUUGCCAGAAUCAAUAUAGUUAGCCCCAGCAUAUUAGAUCAUGCAGACCUGGAAAGUGUGUGGAUCGAGCAGCCCACAGAUACCCCCAUUAGAGAUAUGCUGUCCGUUGCGUCUGUCAAAAUAUUACAAUCCGUUAACAUUUUACAUUUCAUUAUUAAAUUUCCAAAAAUUAAGUCAGCAUGUGUCAAGAUCACAGUUUUUCCCGUGUGUGACACAGUGUGCAACGGAGAGAUUCACACAGUCAAAAACUGCUCCGUGUCACCUGGACCCUGAUUUUGUCAACUGGCGCUAAGAAGAUCAUGCGCCUAAGAACUCCACGCUGGGGGUAUUUCGCACUGCGAUAUCCAACAUAGCGAUUUGCACCCUAUCACCCACGUGGAUGAAGGCAUUAUCAUCAUAACCGAUCGCCCGGCUUGUGUGAGGGUGGACAAUGGCACUUACGUUCACUUACGAGGAACUCACCUCAUCACAUUCAUUGACGGUUAACGAAACCCGUUACGUCAAUCACGACGUGGCCCGGAAAAGGGUACCAGGGGUGGCUAGAUCGCCUUCCCUGAACAUCACCCUGGAACACAACAUACUCAGCCUUCCAUACCUUUACCGCUUGAGUGAACGUAACCUGGAUCAUAUUAAGAAAUUCGGGGAAGAUAUCAACGGCUAUCGUUCACACCAGAUAGUGCUAAUCGCAGGAGCGAUCUGCUGCGCGUUGAUCUGCGUCGGCCUCACUUAUCGGCAAGUCACCCAGGCCAGGAGAUCCACGGCCCAACUAAGGAAGGUGAUUGCCCAAAUAGGGUCGGCCAAGGGCGACCUUAAUUCUGAAGGGGGAGUAGUUAACAAAGUUAACCGGGCGACGGCAAAUUGCUGACACAGCGUCUGGCCGGAAUCUCGUGCAUAGCCGGCAAACACUAUCAGUCUCUUUUUUUUAGCUUUAAGUUUCAGUUUAGAUUUGUCUUUAUAUGAAGCUGCGGCUUGUUACUGAAAAACUGUCUGAGUCCCUAGGCCAGCAGGUAUAGAAGGCCAGUCACCCUUCCAACGUAAUCUUCAUAAUUCAUCUUGGAGAAUUCUUCGGCCAGCCGGCGAACUACCACAGCGGCGGACCUUGCCACCCGAAACCCCUGGAUAAUCUGCAACAGCGGUGGGAUAAUCAAAUAAAUUAAUUUGUAUAUUCAUAUCUCGAAUCUAUCUUCACGAGAAUCGUGAGAUACGAUACACAGAUGCGACCGCCGGUCGGUUGGGCGAGGGGUGGGCCGUGGGAGUCAAUAUUUUUGAAAAUCUUAAAAAUAUUUAAAACGAAAUUUCCGAAUUUCCCUAAUUGGGUCUGAUAUAUAUAAAAUAAUAAAUAAAUUUAGUAGUAAUAAUGUGUUUAGUUUAAAAACGUUAUUAUCCUAUAUAAAAAAUAAUUUAAUGAACUUAAAAAUGUUUUUACCUGUACCUCAAUUGGUAUAUUAAAAUCGACAUUGAAUUAUAUCUUUAAGGUGUUGCCGCCAGAGCUAACACCAAAUGUUUUCACAAUUAAAUAAGUUUUUAGUUAACGUACAAGCACCCUAAAUCAAUACAUUUUUUUGUAACCCGUAUUCCUAAUUCGAACUUAAAGAGGUGGUCGAUAAAUAUUGUAUACUAGUGAUUAGUGUUUAUCCUAUAGUUGUAAUACCCUUCCUCAAUGUAAGCUCACAUUUAUAAUUUAAUACAAACUUAACUUUUUACUAAGCUUACUAUGUUUUUGUUUCUGAAGAUUCUUUGUUAAUAUAUAUCUGCAAUCAUAUGUUUAGUUGAAAGAAAGUUGUAGAUCUUUUGUCGAUGCGAAAUAUCUGAUUACAUGUUUUACUCCUAUCCAAUGCACAACGUAAGGAUCCUUGUUGCGCUGCGCUAGAUUAGAUACUGAGUGUAGAAUACCUGUCCUUGAUGACAGCGCCAACCACAUGAGUACACCUAUGACCGCUUGAUACGCUUGUUCGUUAACUCUUUCGCAUCCUUCUUCGUCGCAUGUAAUUUGGAAACCUACAUCCAGUGGAGUUACAGCUGGUCUACACUCCUUAAUGCCGUGCCGCUGAAGCAGAUUCUCAAUAUACAGACUUUGCAACUGGCUAUGAUCAAAACAUUCGAAUGAUUGAGAUAUUUUGCUUUUUUAGCUCAUGAGAUAAUUUUUAUCUUGAAAAGCUAUGAUCAGGUCGUCUACGUAUACAAAAAUAAGUGGAAGAUGCGGUCCACUUAUAUUCAUGUAGAGACAUGGCCUCGAUUUACAUGGAUUAAAACAAUGCUACGCAGAAAUCUAUCGAAUUUACAGUUCCACUAUCUGCUAGACUGUUUACGGCCGUAAAUUGCCUUCUUUAGCAAAAGCACCCCGUCCGCGUGAUCUUUGUCCAUAAAUCCGCAUGAUUGUUUUAUGUACACAGUGUCUGUUAAACUACUAUUCAGAUAAGCCAAAGACCAAUAUAAUCUCUCCAUACGAUUUUUUGCACACGAAUUUUUUGUGCAGGCUUUUCAACUGGCUUUUCGCUCUCUUGCCCAAAAGCCAGCGAGAGGGCGCUCUAGAGCCAGCCGCACUCUUGCACGCAUACUGCGACAGCCGAUGACUGCAUGUGUGCACAUGUGUUCACAAGCGAAGAAAUUCGCUGCAGCGCGCUGUCGAAAUAUACUCUUUAUUUUAAAAUUCUAACAUUAUUAAAAAUACCUAUUUUGUAUUUCCUUUAUAUGAUAAUUAUUCCAAUGUAGUAUAUUUUUUAGUAAUGACCAAAUAGAUCUACGUAUAUUAAGAUACAUCAUUUAUUUCAUACAUGACUUCACAUUGAAAUAAUUGUCAUUAGGGUAUUCAGCGUGCGACGUGUGAACGAAUUUUAAAGGCCUCAGAAAUUUUGCGAUUGAACAGGAUGAAUAUUUUUAUAUUUAUUGUAUUUUAAAUAUAUGGAUUUAAAAAUAUGUGGUAUUUUUAUAUUAUACGUAUUAUAAUAACAUUAAAUAAAAUUAUUAUCAUAAUAUAAAUUUAAUUUAAUUCUGUUUGUAGGCGACCUUUGAUGUAUGUUUAAAUUUUUUGAGUUUUUCCGGCUCGAGGUCAACAAUUGAAAAAUGUUUUAAAUAAAA